GGGGGUACGCCCAGGGCUCCCUCUGUCCCUCCUCUCCCUGACCUCCCGCCUCUCUCCUGACAGCGCCGCUCGGGACCGGCCGUUCCCCUCCAGCAUCCUCGGCGGUGGCUCCGCUCCAGCAGCCAACACACGGGAUUGAAAUGACCUUGAAAGCCGGGAACAAGGGCAGCUCGCCGGAUCCCGCCCGGGCUCGCUCGGGCCGAGGCAGCCCAGCUGCAAGUGCCUCCCUCCGGCUCUGAUCCUCUUUUGGCUUUUUUUUUUUUUUUUUCGGGAGACGAAAUCCCUGGCUCCCUCUCUCCUGCCUCCGCCGUGCGCUUCACCCUCGCUUGUGCCAUCAGCGGGGAAAGGACCCGGUGAAAAUCAAAGCGCUGCCGGAGGGGCUCCCGCCGGACUGGACGGCUUCCAGGCCGGAUCCCAGCGCUGCGGCUAACAGGCUUCUCCUUGAGGCACCAAGCUGAUGCAUGAAAAAGCAGCUCCCCUGAAGAGCCCCGAGCCCAUGCACAGCCGUGAGAAACUGGAGGCAUCCCACAAGGAGAAGAGUUUGGAUUCCCUCGAUGGCAGUCUCCACUUGAGUGAAGCCCUGAAGGAUGAAGACAUCAAGAAAUGCCACCGGGAAGUGGCUGCUAGCAAGUACAACUCCCAGUACCACAAACUGUUCAAGGACAUCCCGACAGAGGAGAGCGUGCUGAAAGUUUGCUCCUGCGCGCUCCAGAGAGACAUCCUCAUCCAGGGAAGGCUUUACAUCUCCCCCAACUGGCUCUGCUUCUACGCGAACCUUUUCGGAAAGGACAUCAAGGUUGUCAUCCCCGUGGUCUCUGUACAGCUGAUAAAAAAGCAUAAGACCGCUCGGCUGCUCCCCAAUGGAUUGGCCAUCACCACCAACGCCAGCAGAAAGUACAUCUUCGUGUCCCUCAUCUCCCGCGACAGCGUCUACGAUGUCCUGAGGAGAGUCUGCACACACCUGCAGGUUUCCAGUAAGAAGAGCUUGAGUUUGAAGGAGCUGACAGAGGAGCCUGACACUGUGUCACUGGAGGUGAUCGUCCCCGAGGGCAAGUGGAGGAAGGUGUCACCUGCCUCGCUCUCACUGUCACUGCCAGACACCGACUACCAGUGCAUCCACCGGACCUCUGUCAGCAGCCUGAGUGCCAAGGAGAGCUCCUUCACCUCCGAGGAGCCCCUGGUUUCAGAAAGUGCAAUAAACACCGAGGAGGAGCUGGAGGUGGAGCAGAGCUGCGUGGCAGAGCUGAGACCCUCUGACUACCAGCUCCUGAAGAUCUUCAUUGUACUCAUCUGCCUCCUGGUCGUGUCCUCCUCAUACCUGGCAUUUCGCAUCUUCCGUCUGGAGCAGCAGCUCUGCUCUCUGAACCGGGACUACCUCUCCCGUGGGCACAGGAGGUGACCGUUACCCCAGUGCUGGCUGAGGAGAGAGGCCGAGACGGUGGCACCCUGCAAAUGGAUCCCGGUGCAGCAUCCUCCCGGCCAUGGCUAUUGCAUGUGGCUCGGCUUUCCCUCGGCCAGUAAAAUGGGACCAACUAUCUUCUCUCUUCCUACUGGCACCCAUUCCCAGUGGGACCACCCGGCCGGCUCAUGGCCACUGGUGCCAACUCCCCGUCCCACUGGAAAACUGUUUUCACCCUGGGAUGCUGCUGCACCAUAGCACCAGAUGAUGGCUCGGAGCUGCCGAGCAGUUAGAGCUCCCCUUAGGACUUGCUGCUAAAAUGGGUGCUGGUUUUUAUUCCAGACUUGGGUUUUUCUUAUGAAAAGAUGACCUUAGGCUCACUGGGAACCCCAAAAUAAUGUUCAUGCGUUGCUGCUGCUGCUCUGGGUGAGGUCUGGGCAGCAGCUCUGGGCUGAACCCGCCUGUUCAUCCCUGUCUCAGUACCCUGGGGUUGCGGCCAGAGGAAUGGUCCCAACCUGGGGUGCUGCAGGGACAGGGAGAAAGGAGCCACCAGCCCUGUGGGGCAUCAUUUAUCCCAGCACCCAAGGGUGGGGGUACAGUCCAGGUCCCCCCCCCACUUCUGCUGGGCUCCGUAGUAGUCCCCAGCCCUUCCCUCUUGGAGCAUGGGGCCACCUUGGGGUGUGCAUGUGUGUUUGUGUCCUGCAAAGCACUUUAGGGUCCCCCAGACCAGGCGUCCUUGCUGGGGACCUCACCUGGCAACGGUGUCGGACCAAGGCUUCGGUUAGCGCCGCUCACCUCAUUAAGAUGUCCUGAAAGGAGCUCGCAGCUGGCACCAGUGACCCUCCUGGAUGGCAGUGUGACUGUGCCCUGGUUUGUGUUAACCCCAUCACUGCACGGAACCGAGUGCUGCAGGAUUUGUCCUGCAGGAUUUGUCCCACAGCCUCCCCUGGGAGCAUGCUGCGGCAGCAGGUGAUACCUGUGUGAUUCCUUUUGUUUUUCUUUCCUAUUUUUUGGGAACUACAAGUGUUGAUGGGGCCAAAUCCCUGUGCCCUGGGGAAGCGAGCUUGCUGCUCGCUUCGGGCUCGGAACGGCUUUUAAAUGAAAAUAAACCCAGGAUUUUCUAGCA